AUGAAUUGCCUUCCUCACGAGGCUAUUAUUCAUAGCUACUACCGUGAUGCCGUCCCGAAGAACACUGACGACGAAUGGAUCUUCCAUCCUGAAGUCCCUGACGCACAGGAGAUGAGCCGCACCCUUAUGAGCGACGAUCCUUGCGUCCCUGAGAAUCAGAUCAACGGCAAUUGGUCCUCUAGAGAGGAGCAUCUAGCUGCGCAGUACAGCUUCCUACGCGAAGAAUCCACCUUCGCUCUGCGCCGCGCCAUUAGUCUGGUCCGCGAACAACCUCACCUGUCAGAGCUGGAGCACAGAGCAUUUGCCACGGGCAUUACUUUGUGCACUCGUGGGCUCGGAAUCAGAAUGUGCUUCUCAAUCUUCCGCGCUGGCGUGACAAUCGACUGGAACACUUCAAAACGACUCAAGGCUGGUUCUCUCCUUGCUCUAUCUCCCACUUCGGACAAGUUCCAGAAGCAAACUACCAUCGCAGUUGUUGGCGCUAGACCCAUGGAGCUUCUCAACGAGAGUACGUCCGAGUAG